AUGUUUUGCGACUCUAGACAGGAAGAUUGGGAUGUGUUUAUACCGGCCGCGUUAUUUUCAUAUAGAGUAACUAAACAGGAAAUGAUUCAAGAAACACUGUUUUACUUAACAUAUGGGAGACGGGCGACGUUGCCAAUAGAUACGGUAUUGUUAGAACCAGAACAAGAGAAUAAAAUAUCCCGAGAUUAUGCGGAAUUACUGAAAGAAAAAUUAAAAGUUGCCCAUGAGACUGCUUUAAAAUGCAUUGAAGCUAAUCAAGGAAAAAUGAAAUAUUAUUUUGACCGGCGAGCGAAGGAGAGUACUUUCCAAGUUGGGGAUAUUGUUUAUUUGUACACACCAAAAGCAACAUCGGGGUUGAGUAAAAAAUUAGAACAUCGGUGGCACGGCCCAUAUCGCACGUUUGAAAAAGUAUCUCCCGUGAACUUCCAAUUGCAACGCGUAUGUGAUGGAAAAAUAUUUUAA